AAUUUUCGAACACACAAAAUAUUAUAUUUGUUGUAGAAAACAUAAAUUUAAACUGUAUAAUUAACCGCGAAAAAGUAUCGACAAUAGGAAAAUUUCUACUAAAUUUAAUUAAAUUGUAAUGGUCAAAAUAAAGAAAAAACAAAUGAACAGAUGCAGAACAGAAUAUUCCAGAAUUUGGAAAUAAUCGAGAAGCGCCUAAAGUGGUGCGAGAUUUCUUCAUUCUUGCGACAGUUAAUUUGACAAUAAUAUGGCUGGUAAUUUUUGGCAGAGUUCACAUCAUCAACAAUGGCUUUUAGAUAAACAAGAUCUAGUACGAGAACGGCAACAUGAUCUUUCUAUUUUAACUGAAGAGGAAUAUCAGAAAUUGUUUAUCUUUUUUUCCAAUCUGAUACAAGUAUUAGGUGAACAAUUGAAACUGAGACAGCAAGUAAUAGCUACAGCAACAGUUUAUUUUAAAAGAUUUUAUGCUCGCAACAGUUUAAAAUGUAUAGAUCCUUUAUUACUUGCACCUACAUCGGUUUUCUUAGCUUCCAAAGUAGAAGAAUUUGGAGUUAUUUCUAGUCACAGAUUAGUUACAACAUGUCAGACUGUAGUAAAAACAAAAUUCAAUUAUGCAUAUUCUCAGGAAUUUCCUUAUCGUACAAAUCAUAUUUUAGAAUGUGAAUUUUAUCUUUUGGAACAUUUAGAUUGUUGUUUAAUAGUAUAUCAGCCAUAUCGUCCUUUAUUAACUCUUAUUCAAGAUGUAGGACCUGAUGAACAAUUAUUGACGCUUGCUUGGCGUAUAAUUAAUGACAGUUUACGAACAGAUGUUUGUUUACUUUACCCACCAUAUCAAAUUGCUAUUGGAUGUUUACAAAUAGCUUGUGUUAUACUACAAAAGGAUUUAAAGUCAUGGUUUGCUGAACUAAAUGCUGAUAUGGAAAAAAUUCAAGAAAUUGCACGUUAUAUUAUUAAUUUAUAUGAACUGUGGAAAACGUAUGAUGAAAAAAAAGAAAUUCAAGGUUUACUAUCUAAAAUGCCAAAACCAAAAGCAGCACCACAGCGCUGACAACAAGCUCUUUUAUCAUCUAAUAUUUGGGACUGAUAUUUAAACAUUCUAUAACAAAGGUAAACAUUUUAUUUUUGUUAAAUACAUAGAAGUUGUGAUUCAUCUUUGUAUUGUAUUAUACUUUUCAUUCUAAAGAAAAUUGCAAUAAGUAAAUAUUAUAUUAUAAAUCAUAGAAUAUCUUAAAUAUUUUUUGUGGGAUUUGAA